AUGCGGCGAGGGCCAGCGCCCGGAGAGCUCUGCUUGCCCCGCUCGGCCGGCCCCCGCCACCCCAAAACCCGGCACCGCAGGAGAACCAGCCGGGAGAGGGGCAGACGCCUUCAGUCGUCGUACAGAUCGCUGACGGGCACUGCCGUGUUUCUGGUCAGCGGAGAAACUGUAGAAGGCCUUCGAGAGAGCGAUUAUCUUCUGAUUCAUUCGUGUCGGCAGUGGACAACAAUUACAGCUCACAGUCUGGAGGAGGGUCACUACGUCAUAGGGCCAAAGAUAGAAAUCCCUGUACAUUAUGCAGGGCAGUUUAAGCUGCUGGAACAAGACCGAGAUAUUAAGGAGCCAGUGCAGUAUUUUAACAGUGUGGAGGAGGUGGCUAAAGCAUUUCCUGAACGAGUUUACGUCAUGGAGGAAAUAACAUUCAACGUUAAGGUGGCUUCAGGUGAAUGCAAUGAAGAUACUGAGGUUUACAAUAUUACGCUUAGUACUGGGGACGAGCUCACUUUAAUGGGGCAAGCAGAAAUCCUUUAUGCAAAAUCUUCUAAGGAGAAGUCGCGGUUCAACACCAUCUUCAAAAAAAUUGGGAAGCUUAAUUCAAUUAGCAAGCUAGGCAGAGGCAAAAUGCCCUGCCUCAUCUGCAUGAACCACAGGACCAACGAAAGCAUCAGUCUCCCCUUCCAGUGCAAGGGCAAGUUUAGCACCCGCAGCCCGCUGGAGGUGCAGAUGCAAGAAGGUGAGCACACGAUUCGCAACAUAGUAGAAAAAACCAGGCUGCCCGUUAACGUGACUGUGCCGAGUCCCACGCCAAGAAACCCUUACGACCUGCAUUUUAUCCGUGAAGGGCACAGGUACAAGUUUGUCAACAUUCAAACCAAGACUGUGGUGGUUUGUUGCGUGCUUCGUGGCAACAAAAUUAUCCCCAUGCAUUUUCCCUUGCACUUGAUGCUUCCGAAAUUUACUCUCCCCGACAGUCUGGUGAAGGGGGAGCAGUGGCACGAAUCCCUCAUCCAGCACUGGUUUAAUAUAUGCCAGGAGCAGUUUGACAUAGACGAGUAUUCCCGCGCCGUGCGAGAUGUGAAGACUGACUGGAACGAAGACUGCAAGAGCCCGAAGAAGAGCCGAUGCACGGGGCACAGCCACGUGCCGAACUCGCUCAGCUACGCGCGGGACGAGCUCACGCAGUCCUUCCACCGGCUGUCGGUGUGUGUCUAUGGGAACAACUUGCAUGGGAAUAGCGAAGUGAACCUCCACGGCUGCAGGGACUUGUGUAACGAGUGGGCCCUGUUUUCUCACGAUGCUCUUCAGUACCAGGAGUCUGGUGACAGUAGCAGCGAUUACCUUUUUCCUGAAGUUAGCGAAGAAUCAAUGUUUCUGCCUACGAAACCAGAGCUUCCUUACGAAGAGCUAUGGUUGGACCAAGGGUCUGGAAAGGCUGGCGACCAGCCUCUCACUCGCUCGCUAAGUGAGAAGAACAAAUGUGACAACUACAGAGGGUCUUUCCGAUCAAAGGGUGGUACCGCAUCUCUUCCUGUGCCUGCAGCUGUUGGAGCAACCACGAAGUCUUCAGAUGUUUCCCUACCUCCACCUCCAGUGCCUCCCAAAUCAGAAGCAGUGAAAGAGGAAUGCAGGCUCCUGAAUGCUCCCCCCGUCCCACCACGGAGUUCAAAGCCGUCCUCCACCAGUCCUUCCAUCCCUCCUCGCACAAUCAAACCUGCACGACAGCAGACCCGCUCCCCUAGCCCUACUCUGUCCUACUACUCUUCGGGACUGCACAACAUCAAUGUCACAGAGAGCGACAACACCAACCCAACUGAGAGCACACCUGUCUCCUGCUACCCUUGUAACAUGAUGAAAACCGAAUCCAAAGAGCCUGAGAGCACGAUGCCUUUGGGAAGCACCUCAGCUGAAGCUCUGCCUUCAAGGUUGUCUUGGCCAAACCAUUUUUCAGGAACUGCUGAAGGCCUGAAUAGGAGCGAUUUCCUGCUUGAUCCAAGCAGGAGCUACAGUUACCCCAGGCAGAAGACUCCAGGCACGCCAAAGAGAAACUGUCCAGCACCUUUGACUUUUGACUUCGAUGGGUGUGAGCUCCCGGCGGGGUACUCCCCGCUGACCCCAGCAGAGUUCACAAACACCAUCUCUAGCUGUCCAAAGUCGGCAAGUUACUCUCUAGACUGCACUGACGAGAAAACUCUGGGAGUCAGCAACGCAAAGCAGAGCCAUUCGUGUCCUGCCUUACCUCCUCGGGCACCGAAAUCGAGUGAAGAGAAACCAGUUACAGACAUGUGUCCCUUGCCGCUGAAAAUAGAUGGUGCUGAGGAGGAGCUGAAAACUGGUUCUCCAGACCUCUUGGAAGAUCAGUAUCUCGUUAAAAAGGGCAUGCAAGAGACGUUCUCCGUGUCUUAUCCCUUCUCAUCUCCCCUCCACCUCCAGUUAGCACCAAGGUCGUGUGGGGACGGCUCUCCCUGGCAGCCGCCCACGGACCUUUCUGGACUCUCGAUAGAGGAAGUGUCUAAAUCGCUGAGGUUUAUUGGUCUGUCAGAAGAUGUCAUAUCCUUUUUCGUUACAGAGAAGAUUGAUGGCAAUUUACUGGUUCAGCUUACGGAAGAAAUCCUGUCAGAAGACUUUAAGCUAAGCAAGUUGCAGGUUAAGAAAAUACUACAGUUCAUUAAUGGCUGGCGGCCCAAGAUGUGA